GAAGAAAUGAUCCAAAAAUAUCCGGUAUUGGACGCCGUGCCCAAGAAAGUCAUUGUCCACGAUGCGGCGGCAAACAUGAAACAUGCUGCGUCAAUCAUGAACAAAACAAAAUAUGAAUCACUGUUGUGUGCAGACCACCUACUAAACACUAGCCUGCUACAUGCUACCAAUGAAGUGCAAGAAGUCAAAGAAUGCAUAGAUAUUGCCACACAACUAUCUAGCAAAGUCCACAGAUCCACCUUAGCUUGUCAACUUAUUAAAAAAGAGUGUAUGUUGCUCCGUGUAAACUAUGUUAAAAUCAUUGCUCCGGUAAAAACCAGAUGGAAUUCUAACUGUUUUAUGCUGGAGUCAAUCCUUAAACUUAAAGAUGUGUUGAUUUCUCUUAGAGAAAAAGAUGCACUAAAUAACAACCCACUACAGAACGUUAUUCCAAGUGACAACCAAUUUUCACUGAUGGCUUCACUGAUGCCAGUCUUAAAAAAAAUGAAGAUUAUGUCAGAUUUCAUGUCCAAGGACACUGAACCAGUGCUUCAUCAUAUGCUAACUAUGCUUUCUAAAACUGACAAUUUUUCUUCAUGACCACAUUGAUAUGGAAAACAGAGAAAUAGUUAAUGCUUUUUGUAAAAAACUAAGUGAGCAUUUACACCUAGCCACGCGAUUCAAUGAACAUGGAAGAUAAAACCAACACUAUGCCUUGGGAAACCUUCUUCAUCCGUACUUUAGAGGUUAUAAGUUUUAUUUCUUGGUAAAAAAAACAUUCUUUAAUAUUCUUUAUUUGUUAAAAGACUAAACUUAACAGUUAUUGUUUA